UGCAUUUUCUAGCAGUAGAGUGGAUGACUGGGGCAGGCUGCGAGUCUUGUUGGCAUGCUGAUAGCACCUGGGUUCACUGCAGUCCAUAAGCAAGACCGAAUCAUUUCACCAGUUCAAAAAAAGGAAGAUCUUGCUUUGACACAGUCCUUCUCCUAACCUCCCCUAUUCUAAGAGUGGGAAAAAAGCCUACCUCCAAUCCUGCUAGAAGACUGAGAGCCAUCAAGUUGCUGUCUCGUGAGCCCUGUUUCUAACUUCCCAAAAUCCAAGUGUCUUCCAUAUGGGACUGCUCACUGACUUCCAGCAGUGCUUCAGACAGCGAGAUGUCCAGCAGCUGUAGGGUGAAACCCAUAGAACUGAAUAUUCUGGUGAAGUGGUGAAGUUCUGGAUCCCAAAGCUUUUGGUGUCUUCUCUGUUUUCUGUUGGUGUCUCUGGGGAAGAUAUAAAGAAGAUGCAGGCAUGCGGAAAACUUCAGAAGAGUGAGCCAUGAGUCUUUUUGAAAGCUGAAAAGAAGACCCCUGAUAGGGUCAUGAACCUAAGACAAGUCUUUGUGUCUGUACUGCUGUUUGGAGUAGCUGGUCUACUCCUCUUCAUGUAUCUACAAGCUUGGAUUGAAGAACAACAUACAGACUCUGGAAAAAAGCUGCAACAACAGAUAAUUAAUCAGGAUUUCACACUCCAGCCUCCGGGGAUGCCAAGGGAAGCAGUAUGGAGCAGAAGCGCUCCUGUGGGCCUCAGUAAACAUGAGAUGGCUAUCUCAAGCGGCAGGCACUGGCAGGGCAAGGCUGACCCUUUCAGUGUGGUAGCUGCUUCCUUGGUGAGCCAACUGCCUGACCAGCAGAAGACAAGUGAGUCACCUCUCAGCUGGUUCAGAGGAGUGUAUUUACCCCCUGCACUGCACCCACUGAACAAGACAUUAGUCAAGGGUAACAAGUGGAAGGAUGCAGAUAGCACCCAGGAAAAGCGCAGGUCAUUCCUGCAUGACUUCUGUAAGAAGUACAACAGCAGAAAGAAGCUGCAAACCCACCUGGUGCACCUGGUGUCGAGAAUUUACGUGGAGGACAGGCACAAAGUCCUGUACUGUGAAGUGCCAAAAGCAGGCUGUUCCAACUGGAAAAGAGUCCUCAUGGUGCUCAAUGGACUCGCCGCUUCAGCACACAACAUUUCCCAUGAUGAUGUGCACUAUGGAAAGCACCUAAGGAAACUGGACAGUUAUGACCUAAAAGGGAUAUACACACGCUUGAACAUGUACACCAAGUUUAUAUUUGUACGUGAUCCUAUGGAAAGACUGGUAUCUGCCUUCAGGGAUAAGUUUGAACAUCCAAACAGCUACUACCAUCCAGUAUUUGGGAGGGCAAUAAUUAAGAAGUAUAGACAUAAUGCAGAUGAAGAGGCUCUGAAAACAGGUUCGGGAGUUAAGUUCAAGGAGUUUAUCCAGUAUUUGUUAGAUCCUCAUCGACCAGUAGGAAUGGACAUUCAUUGGGAGCAAGUGAGUAAGCUCUGCUACCCCUGCCUCAUCAACUAUGAUUUUAUAGGAAAGUUUGAAACCCUGGAAGAAGAUGCCAAUUACUUCUUGCAGCUGGUAGGUGCUCCCACCGAUCUGAAGUUCCCUAAAUUCAAAGACAGACAUUCCUCUGAUGAGAGAACAAGUGCAGAAGUAGUGAGGCAAUACUUAAAGGAAUUGUCUAAGGAGGAGAGACAGCUGACCUACAACUUCUAUUACCUGGAUUACUUAAUGUUCAAUUAUACAUCACCAAUUGUAUAGCACUACAAUAGCUUCAGGCUUCUAUUAGAUAUUUAUCAUUUUGGGAUUCAAAACAACUACUUUGAUAUUAGCCCUGAAAGGAAACAAAGUUACUGCUAAGUGGAGUUUUCUUGACUUAGUGGGGAUUUUAUAAGCUAGAGUGGUAUCAAUUGACAUUAAAUUAUAGGAGAAUGCACAGAAAAGAAGACCUGUUAACAGCAUAAAUUGCACUAAAAUGCCUAAAAAAGCUGCUUUUAUGAUUGUGGAUUAUACUAUGGGAGUGGUAGCUCAGCCAGCUGUCGCAUUAUCUUACCUAAUGUUCUUUUAAUGUUUUAAGAAGAAAACAUUCAGAGUAGCAUAAUUCUUUUUUGGUGCUUCUCCUUUAGAAAUUGUUUUUGAAACAACUUUUGAAUGUAUUUUUACUUUCUGUCAGUUAUUAAUAAAGAAGGAUUGGCUAAUUUUCUAAAAUGUUUGCAGCAUCCUCAGUUGCAAGGCUUGGUUGUUUGAUUAUCAUUAAACUGUAGCCAUUUUUAGACCUGAUUUUUUUUUUUUUUGUUGAAGGAUGCACUUGAAUACAAAUGCAUCAAGCUUCAAAUAACACAACAGCUCAGCUGACAAGCAGAGUAAAUUUGGAUAAGCCUGUGAAAUGCCAGUCCACUACCCCAUUUUGAUUCAUGCACUGGAGCUGACAAAUAUGAGAGAUAGUGCAUAUUUUCUCUCCUUUCAGAGAACAGCCGC